AUGGACAAAAACAUCUGGAUCCAAGAUCAAUGCGAAGCUAUACAAAAGGGACUGGCAGUAGGAAACAGCAGGCAAGCAUAUCAGCUGGCGAAUCUAUUGAAGAAGAAAUAUGUACCCAAAUUAAAUAUCAUCAAAAAUCUCGACGGCUCACUAUCACAAACAAAACAAGAUGUAAUACAAACUUGGACAGCGUACUGUUCCAAAUUAUAUCAAGAUGAGCAUGGUGACAACAACAAAAUAAUAGAAGAAUUAGAAAAUAUAACACCACCAGCCAACGACGAUUCAAAUGGCAUCUUAUAUAGUGAAGUGGAAGAAGCCAUAAACAAACUGAAGAAACACAAGAGUCCUGGUAACGAUGGGAUCACGGCCGAAAUGCUUCAAACAGGGGGAGAAUGUUUAAAGCGCAAAAUGUAUGAGUUGUGUAAUCGAGUAUGGGAGGAGGAAAAUAUUCCUGAGCAAUGGGGAAGAUCUCUCUUAAUACCAAUCCCCAAGAAAGGAGACCUCAGUCAAUGCUCGAACUACAGAACAAUCUCUCUCAUCAACCAUUCAGGAAAAGUUCCACUGAUGGUGUUGCUAAAUAGACUAAAGCAUCAUUUAGACCCAUACUUAUCAGAAGAACAAGCUGGGUUUAGAAAAGACAGAAGCACAGUUCAACAAAUUUUGAUACUCAGACUUCUAGCAGAAAAGGCAAAACGUAACAACAAGAAAAUCUACAAUUGUUUCAUUGACUUUCAAAAGGCCUUUGACACAAUCAAACACAAAAAUCAUAUGGGCAGUUCUCAAAUCGUACGGCCAGUUCGAAUAGGAACGGACCUUGGUGAAUGGUUUCAACCAAGUGUUGGAACUAGACAAGGUGAUCCGUUGUCACCACUCCUGUUCAUUGCCUAUUUGGAACGAAUAAUGGAUCAAAACACAUCAAACAUUAAUGGAAUCAACAUCGGUGGAACGAUUAUCAACAACCUAAAAUUUGCUGAUGAUAUUGAUCUUCUGAGUGAGGAUCAUAUCUCACUCNCAGCAGUUCGAAUAGGAACGGACCUUGGUGAAUGGUUUCAACCAAGUGUUGGAACUAGACAAGGUGAUCCGUUGUCACCACUCCUGUUCAUUGCCUAUUUGGAACGAAUAAUGGAUCAAAACACAUCAAACAUUAAUGGAAUCAACAUCGGUGGAACGAUUAUCAACAACCUAAAAUUUGCUGAUGAUAUUGAUCCUCUGAGUGAGGAUCAUACCUCACUCCAAGACCAAGUUUUACAACUAACAAAAGCAGCAGAAGAAGGUGGUCUCAUGGUGAAUAUAAAAAAAAACAAAGACAAUGUGUAA